GGGGAGGAGAGGAGAAAGGGAUGCUGUGGGUAUCAGGUGGCGCGGCGUGGUGACCGUAGUAGAAUCAUCCCCAGUAGAAACCAUGAGCGAGCCGAAGCCGUGUCGCGAUGAUCACGUCGCGGAUCAGAAAAGAAGACCCGCGCGGACACGCAAAUCGCCCAACCCGGAGUACUGUGUGACUAUUGCGGUGUCGUCGCGCGUGCUGUUUGACAUGUCAGUGGAGCAGGAUAUCUACGAGACGCAAGGCAUGGAGGCCUACCUGGCAUACCAAACCCAACACGAGAACCAGCCUCUGCUGCCCGGACCAGCAUUCCCUUUCAUUAAGGCUAUAGAAGAGGUCAACUGCAGACUACGAGAGCUGUAUCCUGACAGUGAGGAGCUGUUUGACGUGGUCUUGAUGAGUAAUAAUCACGCCAACGUCGGACUGAGACUCAUACACUCUGUCAACCACUACAAUCUGUUUUUGGAGCGGUUCUGUCUGACUGGAGGCAACAGUCCCAUUGGCUACCUGAAGGCCUAUCACACCAACCUGUACCUCUCAGCGGACGCUAACAAGGUCCGGGAGGCACUGGACGAAGGUAUCGCGGCCGCCACCAUGUUUACUCCUGAGGUGGUGUCUGAGGUGUGUGAGACGCAGCUGCGUGUGGCGUUUGACGGUGAUGCGGUGCUCUUUGAUGAUGAAUCAGAACGCAUCUACAAAACUCACGGACUUGACAAGUUCUUCGAACAUGAGAAGGAGCUCGCAGACAAGCCUUUAGAUCACGGUCCUCUGAAGGGUUUCCUGGAGUCUUUGGGGCGCCUCCAGAGGAAGUUCUAUGCUUGUGGGCAUCGCCUCGAUUGUCCAAUCAGAACGUACCUGGUCACUGCACGCAGCGCAGCGAGUUCCGGAACCCGAGCCCUUAGAACGCUACGCUCAUGGGGACUAGAGGUGGAUGAGGCCUUGUUCCUGGCUGGGGCCCCUAAGGGUCCUCUGCUGGAUAGGAUCCGACCUCAUAUCUUCUUUGAUGAUCAGAUGUUCCACGUGCAGGGAGCCAGUCGCAUGGGGACAGUAGCGGCACACGUACCCUAUGGAGUGGGACAGACACACACACACACACAG